GCCUGGUGGCGUUGCGGCGCCGCACGCGAGCCCGCUUGCAGCGCCGGGAGCGACUCAGGUAGGGCUGGAGGCCGGGGUCCACUGGUCCGGCCAUGUCUGGCUGUCGCGCUCCGGAGGGAGACUGCUGCUCUCGGCGAGGCGGCGCGCAGGACAAGGAACAUCCAAGAUACCUGAUCCCAGAACUUUGCAAACAGUUUUACCGUUUGGGCUGGGUCACUGGGACUGGAGGAGGAAUUAGCUUGAAGCAUGGCAAUGAAAUCUACAUUGCUCCUUCAGGAGUGCAAAAGGAACGGAUUCAGCCUGAAGACAUGUUCGUUUGUGACAUAAAUGAACAGGAUAUAAGUGGACCUCCACCAUAUAAGAAUCUAAAAAAAAGCCAGUGCACUCCUCUUUUCAUGAAUGCUUACACAAUCAGAGGAGCAGGUGCCGUGAUCCACACGCACUCGAAAGCUGCCGUCUUGGCCACCCUGCUCUUCCCAGGACGGGAGUUUAAAAUUACACAUCAAGAGAUGAUCAAAGGAAUAAAGAAAUGGACCUCAGGAGGGUAUUAUAGAUAUGAUGAUAUGUUAGUGGUACCCAUUAUUGAGAAUACACCUGAGGAGAAAGACCUCAAAGAACGAAUGGCUCGUGCAAUGAAUGAGUACCCAGACUCCUGUGCGGUGCUAGUCAGACGUCAUGGAGUGUAUGUCUGGGGAGAAACAUGGGAGAAGGCUAAGACCAUGUGUGAGUGCUAUGACUAUUUGUUUGAUGUUGCUGUGUCAAUGAAGACAGUCGGGCUGGAUCCCGCACAGCUUCCAGUGGGAGAAAAUGGAAUUGUAUAAGCCGAAUGGAAGUUUAAUUAGACACAGAGACAAAGCUUAUUUUAAUUAUUAUUUAAUGAAACGACUAUUUUUUUAAAUGAAUUGACAAUUUCCACGAUGCUGUUAAUUUGUCACUAAAUACUGCAGAUGAUCACCCUGAAUCUCUUCUCACAUUGGAUGAUAUUUGCUUAUAUUCUUGUAGUUUUAAAUGACAAUGCAGUGGAAUAAAAAUUUUGUAAUGAG